GGCGAGGAACCAAUCCGUGGGAUAAAAGUCCGGACUGAUGUGACAGCGGCUUCUGGACCCGACUCUCGGUGGUGGCGAUUUAAAAUUUCCAAUUAAAGAUUGCUCAGUUAACGUGUCUACAUUUAAGCGACCAACAGACAUGGCUGCUUACAAGUUAGUGCUGAUCCGCCACGGAGAGAGCAACUGGAACCAGGAGAAUCGGUUCUGCGGCUGGUUCGACGCGGAUCUGAGUGAAACCGGGGAGAACGAGGCUAAGAGGGGCGGACAGGCCUUGAAAGAUGCCAGCUUUGAGUUUGACAUCUGCUACACGUCUGUGCUGAAGCGAGCCAUCAGGACGUUGUGGCUGGUCCUGGACGGUAUUGACCAGAUGUGGGUGCCGGUGCACAGGACGUGGCGACUCAAUGAACGCCACUACGGAGGCCUGACGGGGCUCAACAAGGCAGAGACGGCCGCCAAGCACGGGGAGGCUCAGGUGAAAAUCUGGAGGCGCUCCUUUGACAUCCCCCCUCCCCCCAUGGACCCAGACCACGACUACUACUCCGUCAUCAGCAAGGAUCGUCGCUAUGCAGAUCUAACUGAGGACCAGCUCCCUUCCUGUGAGAGCCUCAAGGACACUAUUGCUCGUGCGCUGCCCUUCUGGAAUGAAGAGAUCGCCCCUCAGAUCAAACAGGGGAAGAGGGUGCUCAUCGCUGCUCAUGGAAACAGUCUCAGAGGGAUUGUUAAACAUCUGGAGGGCAUGUCAGAUGAGGCCAUCAUGGAGCUGAACCUGCCAACUGGCAUUCCCAUCCUCUAUGAGCUGGACAAGAAUCUGAAGCCUGUGAAGCCAAUGCAGUUCCUGGGAGACGAGGAGACUGUGCGCAAAGCCAUGGAGGCCGUGGCUGCUCAGGGAAAGGCUAAGAAGUGAAGCUAGAUAUCUGCUAACAACUGGCCUGAGAUUAGUUUUUUUUCCUGAACAGUAGUUUAUUCAUAGAUGGUAAUAUAUGAUGAGUAUAUAGUAAAUUGUUUAAAGACUGUUUUCCUUGCACAGUGCAGGAAUAUUAUGUAGAUGGUGCAAAACACAGAUUACCUGCCCAGGACAUCAUCUUUCUUUUUCAGAUGUCCAUGUCUAUGAGUGGUCAUUGUUGUUGCUGUCUGUAUAGUCUGUCAGUUUGUAUUUUGUCUUGUCUUGACACUGUAUAAGUUAGAUAUCCAUUACUUGGUUAAUGAUGACCCAAUUUCACUAUACGACCACAAGGUGUAAUUACCUGAAGAGGUACCUGACUGUCGGUAAAAAAUGCAUAAACAUUACAUUUUACAACUAUUAGUUCUUUGAAAGGUAUAAUUCCCUUUGUGUUGGGUAGGUGGUGUCUGAAAGCUCUGACGAAAUAAAUAUAUAAUUAUGUGAAAA